CAGGCUGCAGAGGCAUUAAUGGCAGUCAGACGAGGACCAUGGAGCUCAGCAUCCUCUUACUCCUCACCCUCCUCAUGGGCCUCUUGGUUCUCCUGUUCAGGGGCCACCCAAAGGCCCAUGGCCACCUCCCACCAGGCCCCCGUCCUCUCCCCUUCCUGGGGAACCUUCUACAAAUGAACAGAAAAGGCCUGCUCAAAUCCGUCCUGCAGGUCCGAAAAAAAUAUGGCGAUGUCUUCACUUUGUACCUGGGACCGAGGCCCGUGGUCAUGCUUUGUGGGACAGACACCAUACGGGAGGCCCUGGUGGACCAAGCUGAGGCUUUCUCUGGCCGGGGGAGAAUUGCUUCCAUAGAUGCUGUCUUCCAGGGACAAAGUUUUAACUCGGCCAGUGCAGAACACUGGAAGGUCCUUCGGAGAUUCACUUUGGCCACCAUGAGGGACUUUGGGAUGGGAAAGCGGAGCGUGGAGGAGCGGAUUCAGGAGGAGGCUCAGUGUUUGGUGGAGGAGCUACGGAAAUCCCAGGGAGGUCUUGUGGACCCCUUGUUCUUCUUCCGGCCUGCCACUGCCAAUAUCAUCUGCUCCAUUGUCUUUGGAAAACGCUUUGACUACAAAGACCAACAGUUCCUGAGGCUGAUGGACCUGAUCUAUCAGACCUUUGCACUCAUGAGCUCCUUUUCCAGCCUGGUGUUUGAGCUCUACUCCAGCAUCCUGAAACACUUUCCUGGCACACACAGAGAAAUCUACAAAAAUUUCCAGGAAAUCCUCACUUUCAUUGGCCACAGUGUGGAGAAACAUCAGGAAACCCUGGACCCCAGUGCACCCAGAGACUUCAUCGAUGCCUACCUGCUCCGCAUGGAGAAAGACAAGUCUGACCCCCACACUGAGUUCCACCACAGGAACCUCGUCCUGACCUCUCUUUCACUUUUCAUUGCUGGCACAGAGACCACCAGCACAACUCUCCACUAUGGCUUCCUGUUUCUGCUCAAAUAUCCCCAUGUCACUGAGAGGGUCCACAAGGAAAUUGAACAGGUGAUUGGCUCACACCGCCAGCCAUCCUUGGAUGACAGAAACAAAAUGCCAUACACCGAGGCAGUCAUCUAUGAGAUUCAGAGAUUUGCAGACCUCUCACCCAUGGGUGUGCCCCGCACAGUCACCAAAGACACUCACUUCCGAGGGUUCAUCAUCCCCAAGAACACUGACAUAUACGCAGUCCUGACCACUGCUCUCCAUGACCCAUGUCACUUUGAAAAACCAGACACCUUCAACCCUGAUCACUUUCUGGAUGCCAAGGGGGCACUGAAGAGGAGUGAAGCUUUUAUGCCCUUCUCCAUAGGGAAGCGUAUUUGCCUUGGAGAAGGAAUUGCCCGUGUUGAAUUGUUCCUCUUCUUCACCACCAUCCUUCAGAACUUCUCCAUUUCCGGCACAGUGGCUCCUCAGGGCAUUGACCUCACACCGCAGGAAGUUGGCUUGGGCAAAGUACCCCCAACAUAUGAGGUUCGGUUUCUCCCCCGUAAUGUGAAAUGAGGAAAGAGGAAUAAAGGAUUGCAGAGUCAUUAAGUGCCUUAACUCUGUAGGGAAUGGUCCCUCACUUCCUGAAUCUGAGCCACCUCUUGUGAUUCAGCAUCCUUAGCCAUACCUGGUUGCUACUCAAUGUAGAAGUUAUUUCUGUAGUCUUCCUGCCAUACUACUGCAGUUCUUUCAAAGUUCUAUGCUGUGUUCCUUUCCCAUGUGAGUAAAGUUGCAGAACUUAGAACAGGAUCAGUCAUAAUCAAGCCCCUUCUGUGGUCUAUAUUUAGAAGCUGGGGGAUUAAAAGGGAAAAUUGAUUCAAAGAUGUUCUGGCGUUCUGCCUCCCAGGAUACAGCUCAUGCUGAGUGACAUUUCCCUUGCCGAAAACAUGCACAGUCAGAAUUUGUCAACUCCUUGUGGUCCUUUGUUUUGGACUAAAGAUUUCUGUGUAGGAGUGCCCCUCUCCAUAGCCCCAGAUGAUGGGUGCAUGGGUCAUGCCCCUUUUACAGAUGAAUGACAGAGGCCAGGCAAUGGCAUUAGCUUCCUGAGGUCACAAUGCUAGUAAACUGAGGAGCAAAUUCAUAUUGUGGUCAUAAACCUUCAACUAUUCACUAUGGCAUCAUUGAAUGAAGAUCAGAUUCACAUAACAUGAAAAGGAACAUUCUAAAGUGCACAGUUCAGCGCUAUCUAGUACACGUAUGAGGUUGUACCCAUAUCACUAUCUAGGUUCAGUCAUAUUUCUUACUUUCCCAAAAAUUACAGUAGUUAUAAAACAGCUACUCCCUGUUCCACUUAACCCAGCCCCAGAAAACAGCAAUAUGAUUUCUGUCUCAAUAAACUUAAUUUUGGUCUUUUGGAUGUUUCAUAUAAAUGGAAUUAUAUUAAAUGUGAUCUUUGCUUAUUUUUUUAAAAAACUUUACAUCACAUUUUUGAAGUUGUAUGAUGUUGAAGACAGCAGUCAUGUGCUGCAUUUGACCUCCCUCAUUCUCCUCCUUAGCUGCUUCUCACUGCUUUUGUUCUUUGUGAAAGGGCAUUGUCAGUGCCAAUCCCUUGAGCUGUGUGAUUGUAUACAGACACCAUGGAUUCCCUCAUAUUUUGCUUUCAAUCUGAGAAUCAAAUAAACCAUCAAACCCUGA